UCAUUUUUAACGUCACAAUGACUUCUGGGUAAUUCCUUUGGGCCGAUUCACUCAUCCAAAGCUGACUUAAGGAAAUGAUUCAUAAAGGACUCAAACACUGUGACAGAUGUGAGUCUGUGAGUCUGUUUGCUAAAUGGUGGAUGGAAUGAACUUGUUUCUCUUUUCUGGUCUUCUGACCCUUCAAAGCGCUUUAAGGUUUCAUGUCAUCAUUCACACACUGAUGAAUGACAGCAGCUACCACACAGAGACACCUGUCCAUCAGUGACCAACAUUCACACAGGACUCACAGCCACAGCAGCAAUGUGGGUGAAGUGUCCUGCUCAAGGACACAUGGACACAGGUCAACAGGACCUGGGAUCCAAGCCACAGUCGCCUGAGGGAGCAGGUUGGGAUUGUGUGACAGAGGCCGACAGCAUCUGCUGCUGUGACGUGAAUGUGAGGUGAAUGAGCUCUGUGUGUUUGUCCUGAUGAAGAUGAAUAAUGUGUGAGAUCUCCCAGCAGGUUGUUGUGAAGGUGUGGACUCUGCUAUGAAUCAGGCUGAGGACCCAGAGGACAGUGUCCCUCCCUCUGAAGCCCCUCUGUGGGGGGGACAUGACAGAAAGACCAAAGCUCAGAGGACCCAUCAGAGACCAGAACCUGGACCUGGACCCAGCUGUGUGUCCAUGAAGAGUAACCGGUCUAUGAAUCAUCCUAUAGUCUUCAAAGAUGUCCGUCCCUCUGCUGAUGCAAGUUCACAUCAGAAGAGAAGAAAGUCUCCUGAACCCAGAUGUGUGUCCAUGAAGAGUCAUCAUUCUAAAGGUGGUUGGAUGAACUUCAAAGAUGGAGGCUGUUCUUAUGACCCACAAGAGGACCAGGAGAGCUCAGAGGUUCCCACAGAGUCUGCCCAGCAGCAUCAAACAGACCUGGACUCCAUCUUCAUGCUGCUGGAGGAGAACAUCCUCACCUUUGUGAAGAACGAGCUGAAGAAGAUCCAGAAGGUUUUGAGUUCAGAUUACCCAGAAUGCUUAGAGAAGGAGGAUGAGGAGGUGCUGGAUGAAGAGCAGAGGAGGAGCAGAGAGGCAUUUGUGAAGAUCUCAGUGCACUUCCUGAGGAGAAUGAAGCAGGAGGAUCUGGCUGAGCGUCUGCAGAGCAGACUUCCUGCUGCAGUUUGUCAGCGUGAACUCAAAUCCAACCUGAAGAAGAAGUUCCAGUCUGUGUUUGAGGGCAUCGCUAAAGCAGGAAACCCAACCCUUCUGAAUGAGAUCUACACAGAGCUCUACAUCACAGAGGGAGGGACUGCAGAGGUCAAGGAAGAACAUGAGGUCAGACAGAUUGAAACAGCAUCCAGGAGACCAGCCAGACCAGAAACAACCAUCAAACGAGAAGACCUCUUCAAAGCCUCAGCUGGAGGAGAAGAACCAAUCAGAACAGUGAUGACUAAGGGAGUGGCUGGCAUUGGGAAAACAGUGUUAACACAGAAGUUCACUCUGGACUGGGCUGAAGACAAAGACCACCAGGACAUACAGUUCACAUUUCCAUUCACCUUCAGAGAGCUGAAUGUGCUGAGAGAGAAGAAGUUCAGCUUGGUGGGACUUGUUCAUCACUUCUUCAGUGAAACCAGAGCAGCAGGAAUCUGCAGGUUUGAAGAGUUCCAGGUUGUGUUCAUCUUUGACGGUCUGGAUGAGUGUCGACUUCCUCUGGACUUCCACAACAAUGAGAUCCUGACUGAUGUCACAGAGACCUCCUCAGUGGAUGUGCUCCUCACAAACCUCAUCAGGGGGAAGCUGCUUCCCUCUGCUCGCCUCUGGAUAACCACACGACCUGCAGCAGCCAAUCAGAUCCCUCCUGAGUGUGUUGGCAUGGUGACAGAGGUCAGAGGGUUCACUGACCCCCAGAAGGAGGAGUUCUUCAGGAAGAGGUUCAGAGAUGAGGAGCAGGCCAGCAGGAUCAUCUCUCACAUCAAGACCUCACGAAGCCUCUACAUCAUGUGCCACAUCCCAGUCUUCUGCUGGAUCACUGCUGGAGUUCUGCAGGACGUGUUGAAGACCAGAGAGGGAGGAGAUCUGCCCAAGACCCUGACUGAGAUGUACAUCCACUUCCUGGUGGUUCAGUCCAAAGUGAAGAAGGUCAAGUACGAUGGAGGAGCUGAGACGGAUCCACACUGGAGUCCAGAGAGCAGGAAGAUGAUCAAGUCUCUGGGAAAACUGGCCUUUGAUCAGCUGCAGAAAGGUCACCUGAUCUUCUAUGAAUCCGACCUGACAGAGUGUGGCAUCGAUAUCAGAGCAGCCUCAGUGUGCUCAGGAGUGUUCACUCAGAUCUUCAGAGAGGAGAGAGGACUGUACCAGGACAAGGUGUUCUGCUUCGUCCAUCUGAGUGUUCAGGAGUUUCUGGCUGCUCUUCAUGUCCAUCUGACCUUCUUCAGCUCUGGUGUCAAUCUGCUGUCAGAAGAACAAACAACCUCCCUGGAGUCUAAACGCUUAAAACACAAUCCUGAACCAAUGCGUCUCUACCAGAGUGCUGUGGACCAGGCCUUACAGAGUCCUAAUGGACACCUGGACUUGUUCCUCCGCUUCCUUCUGGGUCUUUCUCUGGAGACCAAUCAGAGUCUCCUACGAGGUCUGCUGACACAGACAAGAAGAUGCUCACAGACCAAUCAGGAGACAGUCCAGUACAUCAAGGAGAAGAUCAGUGAGAAUAUGUCUCCAGAGAAAAGCAUCAAUCUGUUCCACUGUCUGAAUGAACUGAAUGAUGGUUCUCUAGUGGAGGAGAUCCAAUGGUACCUUGGAUCAGGACGUCUCUCCACAGAGGAACUGUCUCCUGCUCAGUGGUCAGCUCUGGUCUUCAUCUUACUGUCAUCACAAGAAGAUCUGGAGGUGUUUGACCUGAAGAAAUACUCUGCUUCAGAGGAGGCUCUUCUGAGGCUGCUGCCAGUGGUCAAAGCCUCCAACAAAGUUCUGUAAAUAAGAGUUAGAUUCAUUCAUCAUGACUUC